AUGGACACACUACGCUGCAACCCCACAGACACCUCCACCUGCCCAUCGUGCACGUCCAAGCAGUGGGCAGUGAGCUGGGGAGACCCUGGAAACCUGAGUGUCAUCGGGACCACGUCACCACCCCUGCUGGGGAGUCCAGACCCCGCUGGCCGGCCCAUUCCCUUCUGGACCUGCCUGAGCUCUGCUCAGGUGGACCGUGGCUUCAGCCCCGUGCCGCAGACAUGUCAGGUCCACCUGGUUCUAUCUCCAUCCUCCAGGCUGUCCUUCCCACGGCCACCAGAGGGUGCCCGAAAGGAGAACAACUUCCCACCGCUGCCUGCCUUCAUCCCCCUGAAGCCCUGCUUCUACCAGAACUUCUCGGAUGAGAUCCCCAUCGAGUACCAAGGCCUGGUGAAGCGCAUCUACCGUCUGUGGAUGUUUUACUGUGCCACCCUGGCAGUGAACCUCGUCGCCUGCCUGGCCUGGUGGAUCGGUGGUGGCUCUGGGACCAACUUCGGCCUGGCCUUCGUCUGGCUGGUGCUCUUCUCGCCUUGCAGCUACGUGUGCUGGUUCCGGCCUGCCUACAAGGCCUUCCGGGCCGACAGCUCCUUUAACUUCAUGACGUUCUUCUUCAUCUUUGGGGCCCAGUUUGUCCUGACCAUCAUCCAGGCCGUCGGCUUCUCCGGAUGGGGCGCGUGUGGCUGGUUGGUGGCGAUUGGCUUCUUCCAAACCAACGUGGGCUCCGCCGUGGUCAUGCUCCUCCCGGCCAUCUUGUUCUCCGUGUCAGCCCUCGCGAUGGCAGUGGUGAUAAUGAAGGUGCACAGGAUCUACCGGGGGACUGGUGGAAGCUUCCAGAAGGCACAGACGGAGUGGAGCACAGGCGCGUGGCGGAACCCACCUUCAAGGGAGGCCCAGUUCAACAACUUCUCGGGGAACAGCCUGCCCGAGUACCCCACCGUGCCCAACUACCCGGGUGGCGGCGGGCAGUGGCCCUGA